GGCUAUUAGCAUAAUAAAAUGGACAAAGCAAUUUACUACCGUCAGUUUUCUAUAAGUAGAGAGUUCUCAUUUUAAACAGUAUAGAGUCACAUCAGAGCUAGAACAAAGAUUGCCAGUGGAAUCACCAUUUCAUCAAAAAUUCAAACUAUGCUCGUGUCAGUAAUAGCAGUACUGGGUCUCGUUGCAGUCUCCUCCGCCGUGGAGCCAAAGUAUGAGUUUGUGGAGGAAUGGCAAGUGUGGAAGUCUCGACACGAAAAAAUCUACGACACACAUCUUGUAGAGCUAGAGAAACAUCUUACCUGGUUGUCUAACAAGAAAUACAUCGAGCAACACAAUGCCAACUCUCACAUUUUCGGCUUUACUCUUGCAAUGAACAAGUUUGGAGACAUGACUGAGCUGGAAUGGACAGACUACCUCUCAACGUACCAAGUUAGAGAACAGAACGAGAAUGGAAACUACUCCAAGACCUUUCAGCCUGAAUCCCAAGUCUACGAUUAUCCAGAGGCUGUAGAUUGGAGAACAAAGGGAGCAGUGACUGCCGUGAAGGACCAGGGAGACUGUGGAGCUAGCUAUGCAUUCAGUGCCAUGGGUGCUCUUGAGGGAGCUUAUGCUUUGGCUCACGGUGGGAACAGAGAGUCACUCAGCGAGCAAAACAUCAUCGACUGCUCAAUUCCCUAUGGAAACCACGGUUGCCAUGGUGGAAACAUGUACGAUGCUUUCCUAUAUGUGAUAGCUAAUGAUGGAGUAUCAAAAGAGAGCGCAUAUCCUUUCUUUGGAAAGCAAUCAUACUGCAACUACCAGAAGACGUACCGAGGCACCUCCAUGUCUGGCAGUGUGUCUAUUAAGAGUGGGAGUGAGGAGGACUUGCUAACAGCUGUGGCUAAUGUGGGGCCAGUUUCUGUGGCCAUUGAUGGUGCUAACAGUGCCUUCAGGUUCUACUACAGUGGAGUGUAUGAUUCUUCCCGAUGCACCAGCUCUAGUCUCAACCACGCCAUGGUCAUCACUGGCUACGGUUCUUAUUCUGGAAAGAAAUACUGGCUAGCUAAGAACAGCUGGGGGACCAACUGGGGACAGAGUGGAUUUGUGAUGAUGGCCAGGGACAAGUACAACCAGUGUGGUAUCGCCUCAGAUGCAUCCUACCCUACACUCUAACUUCAAUGUCUCCACCAUAGCUUAACUACAUACACUCUAUUAACAUUAACAUAAGACAUUCUGUGAUUUAACUAUCUAGCUCUAAUUGAUUGUUCUCUAGUUACCCAAUCUGUAUAAUUGUUUGUAGUCCAUGUUGUAAUUCUUAUUUUGUAAAAGAA